AUGCAGUUUGUAUCCUGGGCCACACUGCUAACGCUCCUGGUGCGGGACCUGGCCGAGAUGGCGAGCCCAGACGCCGCGGCGGCCGUGCGCACGGACAGGCUGCACCCGAGGCAAGUGAAAUUAUUAGAGACCCUGAGCGAAUACGAAAUCGCGUCUCCGGUCCGAGUGAACGCUCUCGGAGAGCCCUUUCCCACGAACGUGCACUUCAAAAGAAGGCGACGGAGCAUUAACUCUGCCUCUGACCCCUGGCCUGCCUUCGCCUCCUCCUCUUCCUCCGCUACCUCCUCCCAGGCGCAUUACCGCCUCUCCGCCUUCGGCCAGCAGUUUCUAUUUAAUCUCACCGCCCAUGCCGGAUUUAUCGCUCCACAGUUCACUGUCACCCUCCUCGGGGCGCCCGAGGAGAACCAGACAAAGUUUUAUUCCGAGGACGAAGCAGAACUCAAGCACUGUUUCUACAAAGGCCACGUCAAUACCGAGCCGGAGCACACGGCGGUCAUCAGCCUCUGCUCAGGAAUGCUGGGCACGUUCCGGUCCCAGGAUGGGGAUUAUUUUAUUGAACCACUGUUGUCCAUUGACGAACAAGAAGAUGAAGAUGAACAAAACAAACCCCACGUUAUCUACAGGCUCGGCACUGCCCACGGAGAGCCCUCCACGGAAAGGCCCGCGUGCGACACCUCAGAACACAGAGAUAGUCACAGUAAAGACAGGAGGAAACCGAGAGCAAGGGAACGGGGAGGACGGAGCAGCCUGGCUGACGACGUGGCAGUGCUCCAGAGCGGCUUCCAAACACAGGUGCUUUCUGCCGAUGGUAACAAGUCGGACAGCGCUAGAGAACAGAGGCCCCACAGAAGAACAAAGCGUUUCUUAUCCUACCCACGGUUUGUAGAAGUGACGGUGGUGGCAGACCGAAAAAUGAUGUCAUACCAUGGAGCAAACCUUCAACACUAUGUUUUAACUUUAAUGUCCAUUGUAGCCUCUAUCUAUAAAGACCCCAGUAUUGGAAAUUUAAUUAAUAUUGUUGUUGUGAACUUAGUUGUGAUUCAUAAUGAACAGGAAGGACCGCCCAUCUCUUUUAAUGCCCAGACGACAUUAAGGAACUUCUGCCAGUGGCAGAAGAACAAUACAGGUGGGAUCCAGUAUGACACAGCCAUCCUGAUAACGAGACAGGACAUCUGCAGAGCUCAGGACAAGUGCGACACCCUAGGUCUGGCUGAACUGGGAACCCUCUGUGACCCCUCCAGAAGCUGUUCUAUUAGCGAAGAUAAUGGAUUGAGCACGGCUUUUACGAUAGCCCAUGAACUGGGCCAUCUGUUUAAUAUGCCUCAUGACGACAGCAAUAAGUGCAAAGAAGACGGAGUCAAGAGUCCCCAGCAUGUCAUGGCUCCAACAUUGAACUUUUACACCAAUCCCUGGAUGUGGUCAAAGUGUAGUCGAAAAUACAUCACUGAAUUUUUAGACACUGGUUACGGCGAGUGUUUGCUUAACGAACCAGGAUACAGAGCCUACAGUUUGCCUUCCCAACUGCCAGGCCUCCUUUACAACGUGAAUAAACAAUGUGAAUUGAUUUUUGGACAAGGUUAUCAGGUGUGCCCAUAUAUGAUGCAGUGCCGACGACUCUGGUGCAGUAACGUGGACGGAGCGGAUGCAAACAGCAAAGGCUGCCAGACUCAGCACACGCCCUGGGCCGAUGGCACCGAGUGCGAGCCUGGAAAGCACUGCAAGUUUGGAUUUUGUGUUCCCAAAGAAAUGGAGGCCCCCGUGAUUGAUGGAUCCUGGGGAAGUUGGACUCAGUUUGGAACCUGCUCAAGAACGUGUGGAGGGGGCGUCCGCAUCGCUGUCCGGGAGUGCAACAGACCAGAGCCAAAAAACGGCGGAAAGUACUGUACCGGGCGUAGGAUGAAAUUUAGGUCCUGCAACGCGGAGCCGUGUCCCAAGCAGAAGCUCGACUUCCGAGAGGAGCAGUGUGCUCAGUUUGACGGGAAGCACUUCAACAUCAACGGGAUCCUUCCGAACGUGCGCUGGGUGCCCAAGUACAGCGGAAUUCUGCUGAAGGACCGGUGCAAGCUGUUCUGCAGGGUGGCAACGAGCACAGCCUACUACCAGCUCAAAGACCGAGUGGUGGACGGCACCCCAUGUGGCCAGGACACCAGCGAUAUCUGUGUCCAAGGCCUCUGCCGGCAAGCUGGAUGCGAUCAUGUUUUAAACUCAAAAGCCCGGAGAGAUAAGUGCGGGGUGUGCGGUGGCGAUAAUUCUUCAUGCAAAACAGUGGAAGGAACAUGUAUAGCAGUGCAUUAUGGCUAUAAUCUCGUGGUCCGAAUUCCAGCGGGUGCCACCAGCAUCUACGUGCAGCAGGAGAGCGAGUCAGGAAAACUGGAGGACGAUAACUACUUAGCACUAUCGAACAGUGACGGUGAGUUCUUCUUAAAUGGGAAUUUUGUUAUCACAAUGACCAAGAAGGAGAUCCGCAUUGGGAAGGCUCUGAUCGAGUACAGCGGCUCCGACAACCUCGUGGAGAAACUCAACUGCUCAGGCCGCAUUGAACAAGAACUCCUGCUUCAGGUGCUGUCGGUGGGGCAGUUGUUCAACCCCAAAGUGUACUACUCUUUCAAUGUCCCCAUCGAAGACAGGCCCCCGCAGUUCUACUGGAACAGUCACGGGCCCUGGCAGGCCUGCAGCAAACCCUGCCAAGGAGAGCGGAAACGAAAACCCCUUUGCACCAGGGAGUUCAAUCAGCUCACAGUUUCUGAUCAAAGGUGUGCUCUGCUGCCCCAGCCAAGCCCCAUCACUGAGCCCUGCGGCACAGACUGCGACCUGAGGUGGCAGGUGGCCAGCAGGAGUGAGUGCAGUGCCCAGUGUGGCCUGGGCUACCGCACGUUAGACAUCUACUGUGCCAAGUACAGCCGGCUGGACGGGAGGACCGAGAAGGUGGAUGACAGUUUUUGCAGCAGUCACCCCAAACCAAGCAGCCAGGAAAAAUGCUCAGGAGAAUGUAUCACCGGGGGCUGGCACUAUUCUGCUUGGACUGAAUGUUCUGAAAGCUGUGAUGGUGGAAUCCAGAGGAGAAGGGCUGUUUGUGUCAACACCCAAAAUGAUGUCCUGGAUGACAGCAAAUGCACAUAUCAAGAGAAAGUCACUGUUCAGAGAUGCAACGAGUUCCCUUGUCCUCGGUGGAAAUCGGGAGACUGGUCCGAGUGCUUGGUCACCUGCGGGGAAGGGCACAAGCACCGGCAGGUCUGGUGUCAGUUCGGCGAAGAUCGAUUAGACGACAGAAUCUGUGACCCUCAGACCAAGCCGGCCUCCGUGCAGACCUGUCAGCAGCCAGAAUGUGCGUCCUGGCAGGCGGGUCCCUGGGGACAGUGCAGUGUCACUUGUGGACGGGGAUACCAGCAAAGAGUGGUGCAAUGCAUCAUUGGGACCUAUGGCGUGUCAGUGGUGGAUGUCAAUGUCUGCAACACAGCAGCUAGACCAACUGAGGUCCAGGACUGCGAACUGCCAUCUUGUCACCCUCCGCCGGCUGUCCCUGAAGCAAGGAGGAGCACGCACACUGUGCCAAGAACCCAGUGGCGAUUUGGGUCUUGGACUCCGUGCUCAGCCACCUGUGGAAAAGGGACCCGGAUGAGGUAUGUCAGCUGCCGGGAAGAGGACGGCUCCGUGGCUGAUGAGAGCGCUUGCACAGCCCUGCCUCGACCACUGGCAGAGGAGGAAUGUGUGGGGACCCCCUGUGGCCGGUGGAAGGCUUUGGACUGGAGCCCUUGUUCCGUGACGUGUGGGCAAGGUAGGACGACCCGGCAAGUGUUGUGUGUGGACUACAGUGACCACGUGAUUGAUCGAAGCCAGUGUGACACAGAUUAUAUCCCAGAAACCGCGCAGGACUGCUCCCUGCCACCGUGCUCACGCCAGACCCCAGACAGGAGCCUGGCUCAGCACCCUUUCCAAAACGCAGGCUAUCACCCCAGGAGCCUCGGCCCCAGCCAGACCCACGUGCUCGGUGGGAACCAGUGGAGGACCGGCCCCUGGGGAGCAUGUUCUAGUACCUGUGCUGGCGGGUUCCAGCGGCGUGUCGUUGUAUGUCAGGAUGAGAACGGAUACCCCGCAAGUGACUGUGUGGAGAGAAUCAAACCCGAUGAGCAAAGAGCCUGUGAGUCCGGCCCGUGUCCGCAGUGGGCUUAUGGCAGCUGGGGAGAGUGUUCUAAGCUCUGUGGCGGAGGCCUGCGAACCAGGCUGGUGGUCUGUCAGCGGCCCAGCGGGGAGCGCUUUCCAGAUCUGAGCUGUGAAAUUCUGGACAAGCCUCCAGACCGGGAGCAGUGCAACCCGCACGCUUGUCCCCAAGACGCUGCAUGGAGCACCAGCCCUUGGAGUUCGUGUUCUGUCUCUUGUGGUCGAGGGCAUAAGCAACGAAGUGUUUACUGCAUGGCAAGAGAUGGAAGCCUUUUAGAAAGUGAGUACUGUAAACACCUUGCUAAGCCAAGUGGGCACAGAGAGUGCCGAGGAGGAAGAUGCCCCAAGUGGAAGGCUGGCGCCUGGAGUCAGUGCUCUGUGUCCUGCGGCCAAGGCGUGCAGCGGAGAAAUGUGGGCUGUCAGCUGGGACCUCGCAAGGUAGCCGGAGAGACCGAGUGCAACCCGUACACCAGGCCGGAGUCGGAGCGCACCUGCAGAGCCCCGCUGUGCCCGCUCUACGCCUGGAGGGCAGAGGAAUGGCAAGAAUGCACCAGGACCUGCGGCGAAGGCGCCAGGUACCGCAGGGUGCUGUGUGUGGAUGAGGACAAAGGCGGCGAGGUGCACAGCGGGCACUGCGACCCCAGCAAGCGGCCUGCGGACCGUGAGAGCUGCAGUGUGCAGCCCUGCGAGUACAUCUGGAUCACAGGAGAGUGGUCGGAGUGCUCGGUGACCUGCGGAAAGGGCUACAAGCAAAGGCUGGUCUCCUGUAGCGAGAUUUACACCGGGAAGGAGAACUAUGAGUACGGCCACCAAGCUGCCACCAACUGCCCGGGCACGCAGCCCCCCAGCGUGCACCCCUGCUACCUGAGGGAGUGCCCGGCCUCCGCCACCUGGAGAGUGGGCAACUGGGGCAGCUGCUCAGUGUCCUGUGGCCUCGGGGUGCGGCACCGAUCCGUGCAGUGCUUGACCAAUGAGGACCAGCCCAGCCACCUCUGCCCCGCGGAGCUGAAGCCGGAAGAGAGAAAAACCUGCCAUAAUAUCUACAACUGCGAGUUACCCCAGAACUGCAGGGAGGUGAAGCACCUGAGCGGCGCCACGGAAGACGGAGAGUACUUCCUGACCGUCCAGGGGAAGCUCCUGAAGAUCUUCUGUGCAGGGAUGCAGUCCGACCACCCCAAGGAGUACCUGACCCUGGUGCGCGGGGACGCGGAGAACUUCUCCGAGGUGUACGGGCACAGGCUGCACAACCCGACCGAAUGUCCCUACAACGGGAGCCGGCGCGACGACUGCCAGUGUCGGAAGGACUACACGGCAGCCGGCUUCUCCAGCUUCCAGAAGAUCAGGAUCGACCUGGGCACCAUGCAGAUAAUAACCACGGACUUACAAUUCGCAAGGACGAGCGAAGGGCAUCCCGUGCCCUUUGCCACCGCUGGGGACUGCUACAGUGCCGCCAAGUGCCCGCAGGGUCGUUUUAGCAUCAACCUGUACGGAACAGGCCUUUCUUUAACCGAGUCCGCCAGAUGGAUCUCGCAAGGGAACUAUGCCGUCUCCAACAUUAGGAAGUCACCGGAUGGCACCCGAGUCGUGGGGACAUGCGGUGGUUACUGUGGGAAAUGCACUCCAUCCUCAGGCACUGGCCUGGAGGUUCGGAUUUUAUAG